AUGAAGACUAUGUCGAUUUCCGCUCUCAUCCUGGCGACUGCCACCUCCAUCCUCGCUGCACCCAGCCCUGUGGUGCCCGUCCUAGAACCGCUGCAACUUACAGAUGUCAACGCAGCCAUCUACAGCACGAGCCCCCCAACAACCUGCUUCUUCUCUUUUGCUGUCAAAGACCCAAACACGAACACAGACACUAGUUGCUCUGCUUACUGGUCAAUUGGGAUGGCUGGAAACAAGACCUACAACUGCUCAGACAAGGCAUACCAGCUCCACCUCCCAAAUGGAAUCUAUGAUAUUGAAAACAUCGAUUUCGGAGUCUCCCGCGCAGAUGGUUCUCAGACUGGGCGGUCAAUUGUGAGUGGUAACUUAUGGAAAUGCGAGAAGCAGGAGUAUCCUAAGGCACAGUGCAAGUGGGAUGGUAUUUUCAGCCUCGAUGUGGCCCCAUCUACUUGA